AAUUGAUUGAUGGAUUGGUGUGUUUGAUGGCAAGCAAUAGGCCACAGAUGUCCCCAAUGUUACCAUUGAAUGGCAUUCACUCACUGUUUGCGUACGAGUUUUGAAUGAAAACAAACAAAUGGUUGAAUACAUGACGACAACAGUGAGGAUCAGUUGAGAGCACAGGACAUGAGUGGCGAUGAGUGGACACCAGUGGCCGCGGAGUACGACCCCAUCCGAGUGGGCAGUAUUGACGGCACCGACACUACCCCUCACGACAAGGCUUUGGUCCGCGCCCUCACCUCGAAGCAUACGAUCGACACAUCCAUCAAAAGCGAUGCCAAGAAGACUAUAUUUGUGGCGCGACUUGACUUCAAUACACACGAAGACACCAUUCAUGCGCACUUUUCAAAGUACGGAUCGAUAGUAAGCCUACGUUUAGUGCGGGAUAUAGUGACCGGACUUUCAAAGGGUUACGCAUUCGUGGAGUUCAAGCACUCGAAGACGGCUCAAGAGGUCUACGAAAGGGCUAACAAUGAGAUGAUUGACGGCCGAAGAGUUUUGGUGGACCACGAGUUGGGCCGAACAAUGCACGGAUGGAAACCGAGACGUUUGGGCGGAGGGUUUGGCGGUAGGAAAGAGUCCGGACAACUGAGGUUCGGGUGUCGGGACAGACCCUGGAGGAGACCCAUCCGGUUGCACAAGGAGUCCAGCGAUGGAAGUAGUAGUCAUUGGAGUAGAUCUCAUGGAAGGCAUUCUACAGAUGGUCACAGAUCUCAUUCCAGAAGGGAUGAUAGGACUGACAGUAAAUUU